GACUCUUGGAGGAAGUUAAUCACACGAGAUAACCUUCCUUUUGGAAGGUAUUUAAGCAGCUCCCGGGUCCCUAGAUAGAUAUGCCCACAUGCUCUGCGUGGUGACUGACAACUAACCCACAGGGAUCCUUCCACAAGGCUGCACAGGAUGUUGCUGGCGUUGCUUCUCAUCAGCUGGUACGGCGCUCCAGGAAACGGCGAGGUGGUGACCUCUUUUGAGGACACCUGUCCCCACUUCUUCUUCAGAGGGGUCCCUCCAAGUCUUGGGCUUGAGCCUUCGCGUCCUGCUCGGAUUUGCCAGCGUUACAAGAACCAGUAUCGUUACGCCACGCUGUACGACAAAGACAACCGCAUCCCGGUGUACUCGGCCUACAUCUACAACCCUGGGACGGCGAAGAGACCAAGUACUUGGAUGGUUGAACCCCAGCUUGUUGAUUCAAGCUUCCAAACUGAAAUGGAAUCGGAAGGAUCUUUCCUAUAUGACAGCAGUUCCAAAGAAGAGGCGCUUCGUAACAGCCAGGCCGUUUUGCAAGAUUACAAGAACCUGACCGGCCUCAACCGGGGGCACCUGAACCCCAACGGGCACCAGCCCGACAAGGACGCCAAGGCCUCCACUUUCAGCCUGACCAACAUCGUGCCCCAGAACAUCAAGCUGAACGGUGGCACCUGGAACAACUACGAGCAGACAACCAUGGCGAGGAACACGGAGGGGUGCAGUGAAACCUUUGCCGUGGUGGGAGCCGUGCCGGGGAACAACUACGUUUCCGGAGGAAGGGUCAACAAGCCCAGCUACAUGUGGUCGGCUGCCUGUUGCGUCGUAGAUAACAAUCACAUGAGAUCCUGGGCCAUCAUUGCCAGGAAUGACGAGAAUGUAGUCCAGACUCUCACUUUGGGGCAGUUGGAGGACAAGCUGGCCGAAUUCUAUAAUCGGAAUUCCAUCCUCCUCUUUGACGAUGACUGUCCGCGCGAAUAAAAGCACUAGACUCAGGAGUUUGUAGUGGGGCCAAAUGACUGCUUCAGUGGCCUUCCAUUUCCACUCCAGAAAUAGGAUGCAUCCACAUUGUAGAAUUACUGUAGUUUGACACCACUUUAACUGUCAUGGCGUCAUUGGAGUUAUAGUUUUAUGAGGUUUCUAGCCUUCUCUGUCCAAGGGUUCGGGUGUCUCGCCAAACCACAACUUCCAUGAUUCCACAGCAUUGAUUCAUGGCAGUAAAAGUGAUGUCAAAUUGCAUUAAUUCCACAAUACAUCCAUAGACCAUAAUGCAAAAGCCAGUGGUACGGCAUAGCUACCAUUAUUUCCAUGUACAACUAUCUAUGGUACAUACGUUUAUUGAUCCUGCAUGCUCUGGUGUUCUGUUCGGCGGGCAUGCUUCCAAACAAAAUUUUUACUAGGUCUUACUUUCAGGGGAGGCCUUAUAUUUAGCAAUUCAGCAAAACCUCUACUAGGUCUUAUUUUCCAGGGAUGUUUUAUUUUAGGGGAAACAGGGUAGUUAGUGCUGGACAGAUGACUCUCAUGUCAGUCAGGCAAUGAUUCCAUUCCAGGUUUAAGCUUGAAUGAUAAAUGAGAUCUCUGAUAUGUUGAACCUAUUUUGGAAAUAGGAGUUCAGCACAGUGGACAGAGGUGCUGAAAGUUUGGCUUAAACCAGGCAUGGGCAGGGCAUACUUCAGCUUUCUGGGUGUUUUGGACUUCAACUCCCACAAUUUCUAACAGCCAGUAGGCUGUUAGGAAUUGUGGGAGUGAAGUCCAUAACAACAACAACAACAACAACAACAACAAAAUUUUAAAACCCACCUCCAUCUCCCCUAAGGGACUCGGAGCAGCUCACAUGGGGACCAAGCCCAGAGGUCAAAAUAAAUAAAAGUUAAAACACAACAGCAAUACAAUUAAAACAGUUAAGCAGUAAAAUAAAACAUCAUAAAAUACAUCAGCAGAUAUUGAGACUGAAAGGUGGGGCUAUUAAAAUUACAAGGGAGGGGCAGGAAUGUGCAAAAUGCAGGACAAAAAUCAGGAGUGGGAAUAAGGUGCUGGAGAUCAGGUCAGUAAACAAUUAAGACUAGGCAGUAAUAAAUAACAACUGACCUAUUAUUCAAAAGCGAGUUGGAACAUCCACGUCUUCAAGUCUUUGCAGAAAGUGGACAGGGUGGGGGCCAAUCUGAUCUCCCUGGGGAGACAGUUCCAGAGACCAGGAGCCACCACCGAGAAGGCCCUCUCUCUUAUCCCCACCAACCGUAUUUGUGACCAAGGUAGGAGUGAGAGAAUCAUAGAAUAGUAGAGUUGGAAGAGACCCCAUGGGCCAUCCUGUCCAAUCCCCUGCCAAGUAGCAGAAAAUCGUGUUCAAAGCACCCCUGAAAGAUGGCCAUCCAGCCUCUGCUUAAAAGCCUCCAAAGAAGGAGCCUCCACCACAGUCUGGGGCAGAGAGUUCCACUGCUGAACAGCUCUCACAGUGAGGAAGUUCUUCCUGAUGUUCAGGUGCAAUCUCCUUCCCUGUAGUUUGAAGCCAUUGUUCCGUGUCCUAGUCUCCAGGGCAGCAGAAAAAAUCUUGCUCCCUCCUCCCUAUGACUUCCCCUCACAUAUUUGUACAUGGCUCUCAUGUCUCCUCUCAGCUUUCUCUUCUGCAGGCUAAACAUGCCCAGCUCUUUAAGCCUCUCCUCAUAGGGCUUGUUCUCCAGACCUUUGAUCAUUUUAGUUGCCCUCCUCUGGACGGCCUCCCCAGAUGAUCUAAGAGCCCAUGUUGGUUUGUAGGGGGAGAUACAGUCACAAAGAUAAACAGGACCCGAACUGUUGAGGGCUUUGUAGGUCAUAACCUGCACCGGAAAAUUAUCAGCAGCCAAUGGAGCUGCUUCAGAAGCGGCAUUGUGCACUCUCUGCAGCUGGCUCCUGUUAACAACCUGGCCACCGAUCUUUGUACCAAUUGCAGUUUCCAGGCUGUCUUCAAAGGCAGCCCCACAUAGAGAGCAUUGCAGUAAUCCAGUCUAGAUGUAACCAAGGCGUGGACCACUGUGACCAAGUCAGACUUCUUGAGGUAUGGUCGCAGCUGGUGCAUGUUUAACUGUGCAAAGGCCCUCCCAGUCACCGCCAACACCCCUAUUGUGUAACCCCAUCGAGCACAGGUAGCCACAUGGAGGCAAACACCUGGAGGGAUGAAGUUUGCCAAUGCCUGGUUUAAAACAUAGAAUGGUCUGAGUGCCCCCAUUGACUUGAGAACCCCCAGCUUCCACCGAUUAUGCUGCCAUCCAAACCCCUUCUUAGAUGAGAUUCAGGACUUCUUGACAUUCACAAAAUCUUCCAUAAAACCAUGUGGCACAUAUCAGUCAAGAGAGAUUUCUCAUUCCUUUUUUAUUGAUGCAAAGAUAUUGCUUCAAUAGACUGAGGCCCCAUCUAUACUGGUCAUUUAAUGCAGUUCGAAGCUAGCUUGAAACUGGAGUAGGCAGACAGUAAAUUCCCAUGAAAGUGUGUGAAAUGCACACAAACUUUCUGUGAUUUGUGUAAUCACCAUCCAAGUCUCAAACUAGUUCCAGGAUUUCCUAUGUCACCACCUGCACAGCAAAAUCGCUUUCUUUGAUACUGGUUUUAAACUGCAUUAAAUAAUCAGUGUAGAAGGAUCAUGAAUAGAGAAAAGUGUUAUUUGGAGAAGUCUGGGUGUGCACCGAACUCUGGCAGUUUGUAUUAUUAAUGACUUACCUCACAGGGAAAUUGUGAAUCCAAGUUGAAUAGAGAUCAUAAAACUAUUUGAAAAUGCGGAUGCAUCACUCCAUGGUGAGGGUCUGUAAUGUCUUGCUUAUCUUUCAAACCUUAGAGUGCAAACAUUUUUUUACAUCAGGAAAGCAUACAGAAUCCAAUUCAUUUCACUUUGUGGGAAUUAUUUAUUUGUAUUAUUCAUCAGCAUAUAUCAGGCAUGGGCAAACUUUGGCCCUCCAGGUGUUUUGGACUACAACUCCCACAAUUCCUAACAGCCUACCGGCUGUGGGAGUUGCAGUCCAAAACACCUGGAGGGCCAAAAUUUGCCCAUGCCUGACAUAUAGGUUGCUUUAUAACUACAAAAACAAAACAGCCAGCCCUGCAAAAGGCAUAUAAUCGAAUACACACAGAGAGGGAAAGGAAGGACUAAUACAAUUGUAAAACUCUGCACUGUGAUUGUCUGUGAUUGUCAAUAUAAUGUAAUGCAAAUAACAAAAUUAUGAAAGAUUAUAAAGCAAUAUGAAACAGAAA